AUGUCUACUUUUGGCUACAGAAGAGAGCUCAGUAAAUAUGAAGACAUUGAUGAAGACGAGCUCCUCGCUUCCCUCACUGAAGAGGAGCUGAAGGAGCUGGAGCGGGAGCUGGAGGACAUAGAGCCUGACCGUAACCUCCCGGUGGGACAGCGACAGAAGAGCCUGACAGAGAAAACUCCGACGGGGACUUUCAGCCGGGAAGCUCUGAUGGCCUAUUGGGAGAGUGAGACCAGGAAACUCUUAGAGAAAGAGAGACUGAGUGCGUGCGACAAGGACUCUGAGCAAGAAGAUGACAAUUCAGAAGACAUUCAAGAGGAAUGUUUCACAGAAAGCAAUAGUGAAGUGUCUGAGGAGGCACAUACUGAGGAGGAGGAUGAAGAAGAAGAUGAGGAGGAAGAUGAAGAUGACAGUGAUGUUGAGGAUGAGGAAAAGGAAAACGCUGCAGCUGGUGAAAGACCUGAGGAUGGCAGGAGUUCUGACCACAUCAGACACAGAAAGUGCAAUGGUGCAAAGGACAAUGAAAACUUACUCAAUGGCCACGAUGGAAAAGACACUGAUAAUCUGAGCUUAAAAAGCAGUGCCAUUCACCCUUGUGGGAAUCCAACAGUUAUUGAGGAUGCUUUGGAAAAAGUUAGGAGCAAUGACCCUGACACCACUGAAGUCAAUCUGAACAACAUUGAAAACAUCACUUCCCAGAUGCUUAUACAGUUUUCUCAAGCCCUGAGGGACAACACAGUGGUUAAAUCAUUCAGCUUGGCUAACACACAUGCUGAUGACAAUGUUGCAAUAGCUAUCGCUGGUAUGUUAAAGGUAAAUCAGUAUAUAACUAGUCUCAAUAUCGAGUCAAAUUUUAUCACAGGCAAAGGAGUGCUGGCCAUCAUGAGAGCUUUGCAGAACAACAAUGUUCUAACAGAACUGCGCUUCCACAACCAAAGGCACAUCAUGGGCAGCCAGGUGGAGAUGGACAUAGUUAAACUGUUGAAAGAGAACACCACUCUGGUCAAGCUUGGGUAUCAUUUUGACCUUGCUGGCCCAAGAAUGAGCAUGACAAGUAUCCUGACAAGAAAUAUGGAUAAACAAAGGCAAAAGCGUAUGCAGGAGCAGCGGCAACCAGAGUCUGGUUGUGAUGGAGCCAUCAAUCCAAAGACCAAAGUCUUGCAGAAAGGAACGCCUCGGUCCUCACCUUAUGUGUCACCUAAAAGCUCACCUUGGUCCUCUCCAAAGCUCCCUAAGAAAGCACUACCAGUGAAAAGUCAGCCUCCAGCUCCUGCACCACCACCUCCUCCUCCACCUCCACCCCCGCCUCCUCCCCCUCCUCCCCUUAUUCCAGAGAAGAAGGCACCAACCAGGAAUAUAGCUGAAGUCAUCAAACAGCAAGAAAGGUCAAAAAAAGCCUUAGAGAAUGGACAGAAAAAGAAAAAAGGGAAAAAAAGCAAAAAACAUGAGAACAGCAUAUUGAAAGAAAUUAAAGAUUCCCUAAAAUCGGUCUCGGACAGAAAAUCAGAGGAAGGUUCACAACCCUCCACGCGUCCCUCCACCCCACAAAGGUCUCUCCAUGACAACCUCAUGGAAGCAAUUCGGGCGAGCAGCAUAAAGCAAUUAAGGCGGGUGGAGGUACCAGAAGCCCUUCGUUGAAAGCCUGACUGAGAGAAGAAGCAGAGCAUUGCAGUGGUCAAGGGGAGGCUGCUCGUCCAUUCUCUGGUGGUAACAUAGACUGUGUAGCAAGCUGCUUCCAAAGUACACUCUUAGUUUCUCCUUUGUUUCAAAGAAAUAAACCCACUAAGUACGAAAUGAUGCUUUAAGGAUACAUUUGCCUUGUAAUCUGUAAAUAUGGAAAUAAUUUUCUUUUUUAUUUAAUGAGAUUUCUAUCAAGAAAAUGCUGCUUAUUUAGAUAUUCUUUUCAAUAUCUGAUUGCACAUCACUGGACAAGUUCUUCACACUCAGAUGUAAUAAUUUACCUGCCUGUGGUUUCUUUUUUUUUUUUUUUUUUCAUGAAUUUACAAUAAAUGUGGUUUGAAGCUUUCAAGCAGA